UGUGCUCAGAAUUCAUCCAUCCCACAAUUACAAAUUAUAUAUUGAUUGCAGUGAUCGGCUAGCUAUAUAGCAGCAUGGCUAGUAGAAGUCAAGGUUGUAGUGUUGUCUUUGUGCUGGUGUUUGCUUUGGUCAUAUGCACGGCUGCUAGGACUCUCCUAGAGCCUGCCGGAUAUGGCGCCAAUGCUGGCGGCGGCUAUGGGGGUGGGGAGGGGGCUGGCGGCGGGGGAGGUGUUGGGGAGCAUGGCGGUGCUGGGGGAGGGGCGGUGGCGGGGGAAAGGGGUGGGGGUGGAGGAGGUUAUGCUGGGGGUGGGGAUGCUGCUGCGGGGGGUUAUGGAAGCGGGGCGGGGCAUGGGGGCGGUGCGGGGCAUGGUGGUGGUGGUGAGGGGGUGAAUGGGGGUGGAGGGGGUGGUGGUGGAGGUGGUGGCGGUGGGGGUGGAGGAGGGGGAGGUGGUGGUGGAGGGAGUAAUGGCGCGCAUGCCGGUGGGUAUGGUGGGGGACAGGGAGGAGGGAGUGGGGGUGGGUAUGAUCAUUCCGGAGGGGCGUAUGGCGGCGGAGAAGGGCAUGGUGGCGGCGGCGGAGGUGGCUACGCUGGGGGAGCGGCGGGAGGAGCUGGUGGUGGUGGAUAUGGUAGUGGUGGAGGGAUUGGCGGCGGAGCGGGAGGAGCGCAUGGAGGAGGUUAUGGAGGUGGGGCAGGCGGUGGAGGCGGCGGCGGUUCUGCCAGUGGGGAAGGGUCUGCAGCCGGCGGCGGAUAUGGUAAUGGUGGAGGUGCAGGUGCAGGUGGAGCCAGCGGUGGAGGUUAUGGUGGGGGUGAAGGAGGCGGGGCUGGCGGCGGUGGCGGUUACGCUAGCGGGGGUGGCUAUGUUGCGGGAGGCGGCGGACAUGGCAGUGGAGGCGGCGGCGGCGGCGGUGCUGUAGGAGGAGGAUAUGGUGGCGGCGCUGGUGGUGGGGCUGGUGGAGGGGGUGGAACCGCCGGUGGAGAGCAUGCCGGUGGCUAUGGUGGCGGCGCCGGUGGUGGAUAUGGCGGCGGUCACGGCGGCUAUGUUCCCUGAAAACCAAGCAAAUGAGACAGUAACUGGAUCGUUUGAACUAUAGAAAGAUUCUCCAUCUUUCUUCAAAUACUAAUAUUGUUGUUUGAAGUAAUUAAUGUUGGUUAUUGCGAAAGAAUGAAUAUGAAUGUGUGGCUAAUGCAAAAUAUGUGUAUCUUCUAUUGAUCAUUAUUAUCAAUUAAUGAAAUCAAGAUGGUGUUAUUUCAUCA